CGAAGUCAGAGCAGGAGCCGGAGCAGGAGCGAGAAGUGGCCUUAGCUGGAGUGGCCGGGAGCGGCCAAGGCGAUGAACUGGGCCUGGCGGACGAGGCGCCAUCAUAGUCAGAAAAUUGAAACCAGGCUGAAGGAACUACCCCCUCCACUCCAUGUUGACCUCUCCCUCAGGCUGGCGCCAUGCCCCCCCCUGCAGAGGUGACAGACCCGUCCCAUGCCCCAGCUGUGCUGCACCAACUCAAUGAACAGCGUCUCCGUGGCCUCUUCUGUGACGUCACCCUCAUUGCUGGAGACACCAAAUUCCCAGCUCAUCGAAGUGUCCUGGCUGCCUCCAGCCCCUUCUUCAGAGAGGCCUUACUGGCCCAAGCCCCAUCACCACUGCCACCUGUGACAAGGGACCCUGCCCCUAACCCUUCUGCUUCUUCUGCUUCCUCCUCCUCUUCCUCCUCCUCUUCCUCUUCCUCCUCCUCUUCCUCCUCUUCCUUUUCCUCUUCUUCUUCCUCUUCCUCUUCUCCACCUCCACCAUCCUCCUCCCCUACAGCUUCACACCCACCCCGAGUUCUAGAGUUGCCAGGAGUCCCAGCAGCUGCCUUCUCUGACGUCCUCAAUUUCAUCUACAGUGCCCGACUGGCGCUGCCUGGAGGUGGUGGGGACGGGGCAGCUAUGGCAGAAAUUGGGGCUUUGGGACGGCGUUUGGGUAUCUCACGACUUCAGGGUCUCAGUGAAAGUGGGGAUGCUUGGGUUCCUCCUGCUCCACCCCCUGCAGCUCCACCUGAGGUUGAUAGCUUUACCACUGGGCCUUCGAAGGAGUGGCAGGGAAGUGGAAGUGAAGUUCCUACAUCUCAGACUUCCCUUCCCCGGCGCUCUCUUCCCUGCCCUCGCUGUGGGAAGAGUUUUAUCCAUGCUAAACGGCUGCAGACACAUGAGGCACAGUGUAGACGAGGGACAGGGGCCCGGGGGACAGCAGGCGGGCAAGGGGAUGGGGGCUCCCAGGAAGAGAGCCCAGAAGGGAUCCAAAAUUCAUCGGCUUCCCCUAGCACAAGUUUCCGAGGGGGUCCAGAGCAUGUGGUGAAGGUGGUGGGGGGUCAUGUGCUGUAUGUAUGUGGGGCUUGUGAACGCUCCUAUGUGACACUCUCGAGUCUGAAGCGGCAUAGUAAUGUCCACUCAUGGCGCAGGAAAUAUCCCUGCCGCUACUGUGAAAAGGUGUUUGCCCUGGCUGAAUACCGGACCAAGCAUGAGGUGUGGCACACAGGGGAGCGGAGGUACCAGUGCAUCUUCUGCUGGGAGACAUUUGUCACUUAUUACAACUUGAAGACUCACCAGCGAGCCUUCCAUGGUAUCAGCCCAGGCCUCUUGGCCAGUGAGAAGACCCCCAAUGGUGGCUACAAACCCAAGCUGAAUACCCUCAAACUAUACCGUCUUCUCCCUAUGCGGUCUGCCAAGCGACCCUAUAAGACUUAUAGCCAAGGGGCACCCUCUGCCCCUGCUCCUGCCCCUUUGUCACCAGAACCCACUCCAUCUGCAUCGACCAUCCCUCCGCUCCUCCCCACACCACCACCUCCACCACCCGUUCCUCCUCCACCCCCCAACCCUGCCCCCCCACCCUCUGUCAUUGCCUUUGCCCACCCAGCCCCUUCAGUUAUUGUACAUGGAGGCAGCAGCGCAGGAAGUAGCAUGAUUGGCACAACUGGAGCUCAGGCUGCCUCAGUGAUUGCCUACACAGCUCCACCAAGGCCUCCCAAGAAACGUGAAUACCCGCCCCCUCCCCCCCAGCCAGCAGUAGCAGUGGUCACGGCAACACCAUCCACCCCGGCCACAGCCACAACGGGGGCCACUGCAGAAGAGACCAAGGGUAGGAAUCUCCGGGCAGGAAAGACUCUGACAUAUACAGCCAAGCCAGCUGGUGGGGGGGGAAUGGGCCCUUCUGGGGGGCUUAGCUGGGGCGGAGACUCUUCCCAACCCCAGCCUCCCCCACCACUGUGCCAGAUCACAGUUCGAAUAGGUGAGGAGGCUAUUGUCACUCGAAGAAUUUCUGAGACUGACCUCCACCCUGGAGAGGCUAGCGGCCUUGAAGAAGGAGAGGACAGUGAAGAUGAGGAAGAGGAAGAGGAGGAGGAAGAAGAGGAGGAAGAGGAGACUGAGGCCGGGAGUGAGGACCAGCUCUGGCGGCCAUACUAUUCCUAUAAACCUAAACGAAAAUUGGUUGGCACCGGUGGGGGGAGUAGCGGGACCAGCAGUGGUGGUGGGACCCCCAAGUGCCGACGCCCUCGCUGGAGAAGGAAGUUUGAAAGACGAGCCUGGGAAGAGUCCAGAUCCACCGAGAGCCCCUCUGGACAGGCCAGCGAUGAGUGGAAACAUCAAUGCGGAGACUGUGGCAAAGCUUUCUCAGCCCUGAGGAAGCUGCACAAACACCAGGAAGCCCAUGGCGGUGGGGGGAUCCAGGGACCCCGGGCCGGCCGGAAGCCUUUGACCCGAUUUGCUUGUUCCCACUGUUCAAAGGUGUGUAAGACAGCAGCUGCCCUGAGCCGCCAUGGGCAGAGGCACACUGGGGAGCAGCCGGGGGGUACCCCCACACCUGUCAUUGCCUAUUCCAAGAGCAGGGGAGGAAGUGGGGCUGGGUCAGGACUGGGAUUAGGUGACAGUGGGGUGAAGGAGGAGGCCCCCCAGGAAAUGCAGGUGUCCUCAUCCAGUGGCGAGGCUGGUGGGGGAGGGGCGGUUGGUGGGGGGGGCCCUGAGGCUGCCUCUCUCCAGGAUCCUGUUAUCUCAGGAGGGGAGGAACCCCUAGCAAUGGGAGGUGGUAGCUAUCCUCCGGUGCAAGAGUUCCCCCUGGCCUUGGUUGAAGAUAAGCAGGAGGUUUCAGAUGGUGUGGAGAAGGCUGGAGCUGAGGGACUGAUUGGGGGCGGUGUGGAGGGGACUGCACCGGCCAAAGUCACUUUCUACCCUGAGCCCUACCCCCUGGUGUACGGUCCUCAGCUCCUUGCUGCCUACCCUUACAACUUCAGUAACCUGGCUGCACUUCCAGUUGCCCUCAACAUGGUCCUGCCUGAUGAGAAGGGUGGUGGUGCGCUACCCUUCUUGCCUGGGGUCUUCAGCUAUGCUGUGAACCCUCGGGCAGCACCCCCGACACCCCCUCUCCCUCAGUCUAUGCCUUCACCAGUCCCCCCCAAGGGGGAUGGGGGCGGGGAAGGAAUUGAGAGGGCCCAGAAGGGAGAUGUGGGGUGAACUCAUUACUUGGUUAGCCCCUUCCACCGGAAGCCACCCUUGCUUUGUACCCACCCUUCUUCGUGCUCCUGCCCCACUGUCCCUAGCCUGUACCCCAGCUGCCCUGGAGAUCUCAAGUAGCCUCUGUGCUAUAACUGCUAAUAUGAGAGGAAUACAGGGGAGAAGAUUCCUGAGAUCUCUUGGGUUGAGGCUGAUUUGGGGUUUAUAGCAAUUUUCCCAUUUCAUGGGAAGUGAUAGUUGGUGGGUCUCACCAUGUCUUUCCCUCUUCCCCAAAUCCCUUCCCACAGCUUCACCAUGAUCAGCCCAGGGUGGUCCCUAUGGGAAGGGUAUCUUGCUGUAUCAACGUAGUUACCCAGAUCCCCAGCUCCUGGAGCAACAUAGAUACAUGUGGGUGUACACACAUGCAUAUAUAUAUGCAUAUACGUAUAUAUGUGUGUGUGUGUGUAUAUAUUCCCCCUCAGAAAUGCCACUUGUGGUUUCUAGAUCUAGGGGGACACCACCUUUCACCCUGUAACCUACUUUCCCUCUACUGUUUCCUUCCUACCACUCCAAAAAAACUUUUCCCAGCACAUUCCAUAGCACUUCUCUCUCUUCCCCUCCCCCCCUCCCAGUACAGCUGACAGGGUAGUAUGGCCCAGUGCCAGAACCAUUGUAAUACCCACCACCUGCACACCCAGGGACCUUCUGAAACAACUCUUCCUGUGCUACUGGGGAAUCUUUUCUCCCUGUCCAGAGCAAUAGUCAUGUUCUCCUGUCCCCCAAAUUCAAUGUUGGUGAUUCCUAGACUCUUUCAAGUGAAAAGAUUUGGUUACUGGUUGGGCCAUAUAGGAGGCUCUUUCUCUGCUCAGCCGGAUGUGGGGAAUAAUAGAAAUCACCUCUAUUUUUUUGGUGAUGGUUUCACCCAGACCAGAUUAAGUAGCCAGGAAAACUAUUGGAGUAGUGUCUGGGUAUGGGAGGUACUAAAAUUUGCACAUGCCCUCCCACCCUUUCAACAACUCCAUUUCUCCCAAUAUCAUAUCCACAAACACUCUGGUAUGGAUCCAAGUGGAACUGUCUUAUUCCCCAGGCUGAGUAUUAGAGCCCCCCCCCCCCAACUUCCCUAUUCAGGAGGUCCCUUUCCAUCCAAAAGAGCACCUUACCCAAUUCCCCAUUCCCCAAAAUCCUACAUAAGGGAUGGGGAACGAGGGACUCCCAAGUAGCCCCCAAGCCUCUAAUUUGCACUAGUGAUACCCCAUUAAGGGGUACCCCAUUCCCUCCCAGUAGGGAAAAUGGGUACUAUUCCCCAAUCCCUUGAGCCCAUGGAAAAUAAUCUGCUCCUGAUGUCAGCCCCAUGCUGGGGAACUGGAGCUAAAACCCUAUUUCUAUUCACCUCUCAAAUUGGGCCUGUCUAAAAUUAGAUGAAAGAUAACUUCCCCUACCCAUGUCUAAAUGAAAACACAAAACAAGGAGAGUCAGGUGGGGGGGUAAAUUUGAUGGCCGGGAAGUAAUUUGGAAAGAGCAAAAGCUGCUUUCUGCUUAAAACAGCAGACUUUCUUCCAGCCACCACCAACUGGUCAGGGGUCAAGAUAACCCUUAGCAUGCUGUGCUGCUGAAGUCAAGGUAGUGACUCCGAGAGGCAGGUGGAUUUGGAGUGUAGGCACUAUUCCGGCAGAUUCCAAACUGCUUGUUACUCUCCCACAAGCAAAACAAUCAGGGGCAUUGGGGUGGGAGAGAAGGCCUGCCUCACUCCCUAUACGUUAAGGAGUAUCAUUCCUCUCUCUCUGUCCUCCCUCUCUCUUUGCACUUUUUUUGGUCUUGGCCAAAACCCAAGUAAAGAGUUUCCUACUGAAUGUACCAAGUCCCAAUGUUUAAAGAAAAAACUAAAAAUACAGGAAAAUAUUCCCCCCUCACCCUCCAAAAAAGAUAUUGUUUCUGGCACUUUAGAGAAAAACUGUGGGAAAAUACAUAAUAAAAAAUAAAUAUAUAUCUACACACAAAUAUGCAUAUAUGUAUAUGUAUAUAUACAUAUGUGUGUAUACAUAGCUAUAUAGCAGAACCACAAAAGAGACUGAAGAAUGCCUGGAGGCAGGGAGUAGAUGCACUAUGGGCCUCCCUCCCCUCUUAACCUUUACCCUUCUCCAGAGAGAGUAGGGGAGAAAGAAGAGGAGAGUUAGGGACGCUUGAGAAAUGAUUAGAUAAUUUUCAUUUCAAAAUAGAUUGACAUUCCAAACACGUAGAGAUUCUGGAACAAUUAAGAGUCCAGGCAUUUUGAAGGUUUGGCAAUGUCGGUGUUUGGGAAAAUCCAGAUUCCAAAAUUUGGAAGCUUUGACUAAAUUAAGAUUGUAGGAAAUUGGAAGGGCUCUCUUUAGAAUGAGGCAUCUUGCCAUUGUGGAAAUACCAGAUAUUGGAAAUUUUAGAUUGAAAAUGAUUGUGAUCCCUGUUGUGCCAAGCCCUUUCACUCCCUCACUGAGAGGGAAGCCAUUGUAGUAAAGAGGGGGAAGGCUUCUAGAUCAGUGCUUCGAAGAGAAAGGAAAGAUUUAAGAUAAAAGAAACUUUUUAGCUUUAUAUUUUUAAGGAAACAGACUUAGAAAAACUGAUUAUAUUUAUCUUUCCACAUCUGUGUGUGUCCAACUCUCUACCUUCUAGGUCAAUAAACUGAGACAAAUGGACUGUGCUCUGCAUUA